AUGACAUUUGAUAUGCCUUCCUCCGCAGGUGCGAUGUAUGAAGAAACGUCCGCUAAAGAAAACGUUGGUAUCGAAAAUGCGUUUGAGAGGCUGUGUAAAGCCAUGAUUGCUCUUGCAAAAGAUUCGUCAAGAAAUCGUGUCGAUGGUACAGCGCGAGGUCGUAGAAUUGAACUGGUGGACGACGAACCCGCCCGAAAGGGUAAAUGCUGCAAGUAA